AUGAAAUGGAGUAAAUAUGCACCUCUCCUAGGAACACUCUGCCCUGCACCGGUUUGUUCUGGAACGAGGUCUUCUGACGUGAUCGUCGAUGAAAUGGCUGGUGUUGAAGGAAAUACAGUCACACAAAUAUCCUUCGGAUCGCAUACGUUGUCUGUGCUGGACUUGGAUGAACGACAGAGGUGUGAAGCACGACGUGGAGCCUUCGCAUGUGUCAACGUAGCUAGAAUGCAUCUCAUCAACUGUCGUCAUCGCUUCUGCUAUGAUUGUCUUUCGGAAAAGAUCGCCCGCGACGUUUCCAACAAUGAUAAGCCCAGCUGUCCUUUGGCCCACUGCAGCAAUAGGAUUUCACGCUCCGAGGUGCGUACACUAGCUCAUCGCUCAACGCACUUGAGGAAUCUGUGCGCUACCGCUGAGAAGCUCAUCUCCGAUCCUCCAAAUGAAAUGGCAGCGACCAAAGAAGAAAUCAUUGUCGAAACUUAUUUAUAUGGAAGAGAAGCCACUAACAAAAGAAUAAUCAUUCCAAAAGUUUGUGCAGUC